GGUCACCUGGUGCCUUCUGAUGAGAUCACAGUGUACUACAGCUGUGAGCCGGCAGGUGAUUACCUGGACAGUGUGAUCCGGGCCCACACAGACUUCAUCCUGGCAACCACCAAGGCACCACUCAAGACCUACCCGGUCCCCAAAGGCUCCGGCGUCAUCGUGCAGGAGAAAACACAGUUGAAGGGUUCGGACCUGGACCUCACCAUAGUGAAGGGAGCAGCCGCCUCUCGAGCUCCUCUGACUGGACCAGCCUGUGCCUACGUCAACCUCCAACUCAACAACAAGGAACAAGAGGGUGUGGUUCUCCUGGAGAACCCUAAAGGAGAUAUCUGUCUGGACAUGGCCAAGCUGAGGCAGGUCUGCGCCAGUCUCUUUGGUCUCAACAACACCAAGCUCUGUGUUUUUAACGGCAAGACUGAGUUGACUGGUAAGUGUGAUCUGCUGUCUCUGAAUGGGAAAACCCUGUCGGUGACCUCAGGCUCCAGUCCCAGUGACUCCUCUCCCAACUCUGACUCUCUGGUGUGCCCCUACGUCAACCUCCGAUUGGCCAACUGUCAGCCUGCUGAGUGUCAGAGUGGAGAUGUGGGGACCCUGCUGCUGGUCAAUCCUGUCGGACACGACUGCCUGACCCACAAUGCUUUGCUGUCUGAGACGGCCAAGUUGUUCGGCCUCCGCGGCCGUAGGCUGAAACUCUACCUGGACGAUCUGCUCACCCAAGAAAUGCCAGCAGAGUGGUCGGUGAAGACGCUGGACAGGAAGACUGUGUAUGUUGGAGUUGUGCCCACCACUGCAGAGGCAUAGGACCGGGAACAGCCAGGCUGAAGAAGAGGGAGGAACAGCCAGGCUGAAGAAGAGGGAGGAACAGCCAGGCUGAAGGAGAGGGAGGAACAGCCAGGCUGAAGAAGAGGGAGGAACAGCCAGGCUGAAGAAGAAGGAGGAACAGCCAGACUGAAGAAGAGGGAGGAACAGCCAGACUGAAGGAGAGGGAGGCUGUGUCCCAAAUGAUAUCCUAUUCCUUGUAUAGUGCACUACUGUUGACCAG